AUGCUGAAUUCGCAGAUUACUCUCUCCUGUCCAUUUGAGACUCCCUUUUACAAGUGGACCAGACCUGACUACCCAUCUCACUUUCUUGAUGAGACCAAAAACCUCACCAUUAAAGCAGACUCUUUCGGCGUCAGCGGCAGAUACCAGUGCAGUGCAGUUAACGGCUUCGGGAACAGUCUGGCUGAAAUGGCUAUUCGAGUUGUUGACUAUAAUUCACCAGCCAUCAGGCGGGAAUGUGCCCUGUCACGUGACGGAAAAAUCAACAAAGCGGGUCCCUGCUUCCUCAAGAGUUACACUGACUCAGAACUGAUGCUGACACGUUAUUCGGGUGAGGAUGUGACCUUCGAUUGCAGCAGUGUAACUGCAGACGGUCGCACCUACCAGUUAAACUACGCCUGGGAGUUCCACAAACAAGGCCUUGGUGAGGCUCAUUCGUCUGGGUCUCCAGCGAGUCGACUCAUCCGUCGAAGUAACCAACUAGGUAGCUCCUCCAUGCCCAGUGGGGGUCCCCCUUCUAAUCCUUUGGCACCUGGAAGUGGCGGCAGAAAUGAUCUGGCCCGCUUCUCCGAGUCACAACUCACCAUCCGCAAGGUCACCCUCGGCAACAGUGGUGAGUACAGGUGCACUGUCACCAAUCCUUCCCCUGACCCCAGUGCCGCCGUCAUCCCAAAGAUCGAGAGGUCUUUUCAACUUCAUGUGAUACGUAAGUGA